CCGCGCGUGAGCCCCGCGCCCGCAGAGACAUGAGCGCCCGGCGGCCCGACGCACCCGAGGCGCAGCGGCCCGGCCCCGCGGCCCCGUGAUGGGCUCCUGCGUGUCGCGAGAUCUGUUCACAAGUGCCCACAAGGACUGCCCCAUGCCCCAGGGCACGGACCCCCUGAACCCGGACUUGCCCUCCAGCCACCCCCCCACUGUUGCUCCAGACCAUGUCACUGGCAAGGACAAACAGAUGGAUUUCUGUUGGGAUCCUUGGCAGAGGUGCUUCCAGACCACCAAUGGCUACCUGGCCGACUCCAGGUCCUGCUCCGACAACUACAACGUGGCAGCUCUGGCCACCUCGUCCCUUGUGGGGGUGGUGCAGAGCAUCAAGGACCACAUCACAAAGCCCACCGCCAUGGCACGUGGCCGCGUGGCCCACCUGAUUGAGUGGAAGGGCUGGCGCGCCCAGCGGUCAGGCUGGGAGCUGUCCCCCGCUGAGGACGAGCAUUACUGCCGCCUUCCCGAUGAGCUGCGGGAGGCCCGUUUUGCUGCAGGGGUUGCUGAGCAGUUUGCAAUCACAGAGGCCACGCUGAGCGCCUGGUCCUCGCUGGACGACGAGGAGCUUCACCUCGAGAACAGCCCUCAGGACAUGGUCCAGCUCCAGGACCUGGAGAGCAUCUACCUGCAGGACAGUCUUCUGAGUGGCCCCUCACAGGAUGACAGUCUUCUGGCCUUCUCCUCCUCUGGCCUCUCCCCCGAGGGUUGGCCCUCACCCGACGAGCCCCCCAUCACAGCUGUCGGCCCCCAGCCCCCCAGCCUGGAAGAGGAGCAUCAGUGGCGGCUGCCUCGGGGUCUGGGGCCUGAGGGUGGGACCCAUUUGCAGGGUUCCCUCCCCUCGGUGGACAGCAUCUCCCUCUCAGAGGAGGAGGACGAGGUGUUCUAUAACUGA